CGCUCAUCGCACGUGGACGAGCCACGGCGCAUUCCAUUUUCGAAUUGUAUAUUUUUCGAAUUUCGAACUUUAUUUUGAGCCGGUGUUUCAUUUUGAUACGAAACAUCCAGGAUGCUGAGAUGGUGUGCAGCGCUGGCUCUGUGCGCGCUAGUUGUGAGCGCCGCAGAUACUACCUCCAGAUUCCAACAACGAAAGUCAAGGUCUAGGAACGCUAAUCUGCAGUCGCACCAGCAGGCGGAUAUGGAUGAGAUGGUCGGGAACCUGCUGCAUUGGAUCCAAGGGUUGUACCAGCAGAGGAGUAGGAAAGCUCGUCAAUACUUCGGCGGUAAGCCCGAGAAGCCCAGACCGUUCGAGCCAGCGAGCUACCUGCCUCCUGUGACCGGCUACCCUCCCGCAGGAUCUCGCCCCACUCCCCCCUACAUCGAAGGAACCCUACCCAGCAUUCCCAGCAUCCCCACUUACCAACCAAGUCAACCUGAUACUUCCUUCCCAUCUGAAACCCCUUACAGGCCCAGUCAGCCUGACCAGACUUUCUCUCCAAGCCCACCAUCUUAUCAGCCAAGUAAACCUUUCUCACCUACUUACCAACCUAGUCAGCCGACGGUCCCGUCUUAUCCUAGUCAACCUAGCCAGCCAUCUCAGCCUUCCUACCAACCAUCCCAGCCAUCUUACCAACCGACCCAGUCUACGUCCCCGAGCUACCAACCGUCACAGCCUGGAUACCCACCAAGUUCGUCUUACCAACCUCCCCAACCCGGAUCAUCGUUCCAAACUCCUCAACCGGGAUCUUCUUUCCAACCUUCACUGCCUGGAUCGUCUUUCCCACCAUCUCAGCCAGGAUCAUCUUUCCCGCCUUCCCAACCCGGCUCUUCCUUCCAACCUUCCCAGCCUGGAUCAUCAUACCAGCCUUCGCAGCCAGGUUCCUCAUACCAGCCCACAUCUCCAUCAUACCAACCGAGCCAGCCAAUUAUACCUGAAGACACUACUCGUCCACCUUACGUUUCUGAGGGUAGUGGUUCUGAAAUCGUUGGUAUCACGCAAGGACCAUCGAUCCCUGAUGAUGACGAAGAUCGCCACCCGCCCCAUAUCCACGCUAUUACGGUGGACUGCGGUAAAGAAAUGAUGACAAUUAAUAUUGAGUUCAAUAAGGCUUACAACGGCAUCAUCUACUCCCAAGAUCAUUUCAACGAGCCCGAAUGUGUCUACGUCAGAGAGAAUUCCAACCAGAUCAAAUAUUCUUUCACUGUCAGCCUGAAUACAUGUGGUACGAGAUUUUUCAGCGACUUCCAAAACGAAGGCCAGGCUUACUUAGAGAAUGUGCUGGUCCUGCAAAAUGAGGCUGGAAUUCAAGAAGUCUGGGACCAUAUUCGAAGAGUCAGAUGUUUGUGGGAAGGCAACCUAACCAAACAACUUGUUUCGUCUUUGAGUGUUGGUAUGUUGAACCAGAUUACAAGCAACUUCAGCGGAGAUACGGCCAUGGCGCGCUUGGACAUCCAGACUGGACGUGGACCCUUCGCCCCUGAAGCUAAUGGACUGGUCAAGAUUGGAGAAACUAUGACUUUGGUGGUGUCUGUAACUGGUGAUGCUGGAUUCGAUAUCCAAGUUAAAGAAUGUAUUGCUCGCGACUCAGGCAGCCGUCAUGUUGUACCGCUGACCGAUAGCGAUGGUUGUGUCCUUAAGCCUAAACUGUUCGGUGCCUUCCAAAAGACCAGGGAGACAGGAAACACUGGAGCUUCAAUCAUUGCCUACGCGUUCUUCAAUGCCUUUAAGUUCCCUGAUGAAAUGGACCUGGUUAUCCAGUGUGAUGUUGAGCUUUGCAAGACUGAUUGCGACGUUUGCCCGAACCCUGGAAGCUUGGACCCUAAGAGGAGGAGAAGAGAUGUUAUCCAUAUUGGAAACAGGACGGAAGAGCCAAUGACUACCAUCAGCAAAGGUUUGAAGGUGGUCUUCGCAGAGGAUUUGCCUGAACCCUCUGGUGUAUGCUUAUCAUCAUCAGCUGCUAUAUGGGGAUCGGUGAUGGUACUCCUAGGGUCCUUGAUGAGCAGCAUUGUAGUGUCAUACUGCUGGCAAAGAUCGAGAGCAUCCGUUAAAUUUUCUUAAUCAAACUAAACAAAACAGAUUUUGGUCAAUUCCAAGUGACAUGUAAUAUUUGUGAAUUUUUGUUAUUUGAAAAAUAGUACAAUAUCUAUUAGUACAAAAUGGCGGGAGACAGAAAAACGCAUAUAGAUAACAAAAAAAAAACAUGUCACUGUAAAAAAAAAUAUCGUGUACGACUCUGAAACGGACACUGCCAGAUAAAAAAUAAGUAUUAUAUACUUAGCAUUACGAAAUCUCCGAUGAAAUUUCAAAAAUAUAAAUAUAUUUGAUUUUUAACGUUGGGCCGAUGGAGAUUACCCCUUAGGUUAUUAAGUAUUUAAAACUAAGCUGUAACAUGAAAUAAACAUUUUUCUAACUUAUUUACUUCUCUUCUGUAAAUAUUAGUUAAGUUUUCUUUUGUAAAAAUUUUAAAUAAACUUUUUUAACAAUA